GAUGCUGGAAUAUGGUAUUUGUUUCACAAGAUUGCUACAGGAGAUUCUUAUGGUUCAGCCAUUGAAACUAAGUCAGAGCUUACACCUUUAGGAAUCUUCUAUAACAACAGGGUUCACUCCAAUUUUAAGGCUGGUUUGUUCAUUGAUAAAGGUGUUAAAACAACUAAUGCUAGUGCUGACGAUCCCAGAGAAUACCUUUGUUUGGACAACAAUGCAAGGUUUCGGCCUCAUCAAGAUGCAGACCCUGAGAAGCCCCGAGUUGCUGCCCUGAUUGACAGAUUGAUCUCUUUCAAAAACAACGAUCAUGGGGCCUGGGUCAGGGGAGGGGAUAUCCUCAUUCAGAACUCUGGGUUUGCAGACAAUGGAAUAGGUUUGACGUUUGCUAGUGAUGGGAGCUUCCCAAAUGACGAAGGUGCCAGCCAGGAGGUAUCUGAGUCUCUGUUUGUAGGUGAGAGCAAGAAUUAUGGGUUUCCAGGUGGCCAAAAUAAAUAUGGGGGAACUGGAGGAAUAGACAAUAAAGCACGCACUCUGCCUAGAAAUCGGACGUUUCCAAUCAGAGGUUUUCAGAUUUAUGAUGGACCUAUUCAUCUAACCAAAUGCACAUUUAAAAACUUUGUGCCAACUCCAGAUAGAUUUACCAGUGCAGUUGGUUUCUUGAUGAAGAACACAUGGCAGAUGACACCUAAAAACAACAUUUCUCUUGUGAAGUUUGGUCCCAAUGUUUCUCUGAAAGUCUUCUUUGGAAAACCUGGUCCCUGGUUUGAAGAUGGAGAUCUGGAUGGUGAUAAGACCUCAAUAUUCCAUGAUCUAGAUGGUUCAGUGACUGAUUACAAGGAUACCUAUGUUGGCAGGAUGGAUAACUACCUGAUUCAGCACCCCAAAUGCAUUAACAAUACAGAAUGGAAUGGAGUGAUUUGCAGUGGGACGUAUGCUCAGGUUUAUAUCCAAACAUGGAACGGGCAGAACCUUUCCAUGACCAUUGUACGAGAUGAAUACCCAUCCAAUCCCAUGGUUCUGCGAGGUAUUAAUCAGAGAGCCGUCUUUCAACAGUACCAGCCAGUAGUGAUGCUUCAAAAGGGCUACACAAUACAUUGGAAUGGAAAAGCUCCAAAUGUCACUUAUCUUUACCUCAUUAACUUCAACAAGAAUGACUGGAUUCGUGUUGGUCUUUGUUAUCAACCAAAUACGGAUUUUGUUAUAGUAUUGGAAACCUUUCAGAGGCAGUCAUCUGCUCUAUCAAGCAAGAUAGAGCGUUAUACUCCUGUAUCUUCAAUGCUGGAACUCGAAAAGAAUCGAUCAGACAAGAAGUUUUAUUUCGACAGCAGUACUGGAUUACUGUUUUUAUUUCUUCAAGCCAAAUAUAAUAGGGAUGGUCACAGUUAUUGCUCAUCUCAGGGAUGUGAAAGGAUCAAGAUUGUGACCAAAGAUUCAGCAAAAGGGAUCAGCAACUGCAUGGCAAAGGCUUAUCCAAAGUACUACCAAGGGCCAACUGUCAUAAAGCAAAUGCCAGUAAAAACUUCUGUACCAUGCACAAAGUGUGGCACAACUCAGAUGGUAUUCACCAGUGAUCCUCACAAAAACUACCUCCUUGUGCAGAUUAAUUCUCCUGGUAAAAAAGAGUUAAGCAGAGGUCAGCAAGCAUUUAUUUCUGUCAAUGACACUAUGUUUUCCCUCAAGGAUAAUGGUAUACUUAUUGUUGUAGUUGAUGCCUGCGUUGGCACAGUGUCAGGAAAUAAAUUAUUUUCUGAAGUAGACAUUAAGCGUGUAGAUGGAUAUUUAAAAUCUGGAAUUCCACAAAGGUCUAUAGUUCUGCUGAGCACAAGAGGUGAUAUAGACAGCCCUAAUAUAUCAGAAGCCUUCUUGUCCCUGGGGACAGCCAAACUGCCUUACCUUCAGAGCAACGGAAGCGUGGCCUUUCUGGGCUUCAAAGGAAACGUUAAGCCAUCCUGGAUUAAGCUGUUUACCAGUCCUGCUGGGCAAGGGCUAGUUCAGAUAGAAAAGUAUAUCCCAUUACAACUGGAAGAGUAUGGCUGUGCCAGAGCUAUCAAAAGCCGACGGAAAGACCUGGAACUUCUAAAGAAGGCUACAAGAUCUCAUUAAAGACUAAGAUGUACAUAAAUGCUGGGGGGAAAAAAUGUGAACUAACUUAUUUUUAAUUUAUGGCAUUUUAAACUAUAUUGUUAUCCAAGUAAAUCAUGUUAUUGUUUGACAGACGUUUGCCAGCAUUGACCGCUUGAAUGCCAGUCUGUGCACCUUCUAGUUGUACAAAAUAUUAAAGAAUUUAUUAGUAUUUGUAUAAACAGAUUUCAGAGAUUUUUUCAGAUGUUUGUAUUUGCUGUAAACAAGUUCCUUCUGUUUAAUACUCCUUUGUAUUUAAAAGGGUGUUCAAAAAAGCCUUAAAAGUUUUGAUAACCGGUGUUGGAGUGCAUCUUAGAUUACUUGAAAGAUUAACAUUAAAAUCUCUCUUUCUAAACAGCUUGAAUUGGUCAUGUUAACUUAAUUUACAUUUUCCCUCUACCAUUUACAUGUUUUUCUGAGAGGUCAUUUAGCAGGCUGCUCAGUUAUAUUCUUCACCUGCUUUCCAAGAUAUUAAAGAGCAAUUUCUCUUCUGCAUGCAGCUUAAGCUCAAGGUAUUUUAACCACAGUGAUAUUUUUGCCUUCCUCUCUGAAAGACAGAGAGGAGGAGGGUUUCCAAGCUCCAGCCCAGGGCAGGGAGUUGUGAACAGUGCAGCAGAGAUUGCCAGGGCCACCUGCACCAGCGUAGCAUAUGGAGCAGCAGCUCUUCAAGAUCACUGUUUACUGCUCACCCCAAAAUAUGCAGGAGUUUGUUUUUUGUUUUUAUUGUUUGUUUUAAAGCUUUUAGACAGCAGAAGAAAGCUGAGAAAUGGUUUUUUACUCUCAAUUCCUUAUGAAGCUAAACUUCUGCUCUUGCAGUGAUUUUUAAGGCUAUCCCCAGAUCUGACUUUAGAUGAAGGAAGUAGAAAGUGCUCUCAAUUCGUUCAGUUAGUCAUGUUACAUCUUCUGCCUGUAACUGUGGCUCUCUUAAUAUACUCAAGCUGGUAUUUCCUAUUGGUUUUGUUAGACCUAUUUGGUUUCUUUUGGUUUUGUCACACCCAUUUGAUCUUCUCUGGGUCAAACACAUUUAGAAGAACUGAGACACAGCUCAGAGACUUAAAUUUCAGAGACUGUAAAGGUGCAUUCAUAAUAGGGGCCAGUAGAGCUGAAAUGACUGACGUAAUUCCUUCUUAUUGCACAUGUUUGCCUUCAUUCCACCUGGUGUAACAUAUCUGCCAUUCAGAGAUGCUUGUCCUUUGAAGUUAACCUGAAGUGGCUGUUGGAAAUGAACUGUCUUCACUUAUCUUCUCCAAAGAAACUGAAAUUUUUUUUUAAUUGUACUUUAAAGGGGAGAAUGCACAAUAGCAGACCUAUUAUUCUGUUCGACUAGAAUAUGCUACCUCAGUGCUACAAUUAAACUGCCUGUUUUAGUAUCUUUGUUCUUAAGUGGGAGGGUAGGGGAAAGGAGCACGACACAAGUGGUGAAGUUAAACAAACAGGUGACUGAUGUUACUUUUUAGUAAAACCAAGCCAAACGGAUGCACAGUUCUGUUUUAAUGUAAAAAGGGCAUUUUGUUAGAGAAGUGUGUGGUAAGUCUUUUAAGACUAGCUAUAAUGUUAGUAACACAGGGCGAUGUAGUUUACUGAUGCUCUGAGUGCAGUAGUGAUAGUAUUUGUGGAUUACAAUGGUCUUAAGAUUUCUGCUAUUCUCAUCUGCUCAGUAUGAGAAAUCACAAAUACAAAAUGGUCUUUGAGCUUGUGAGGUAGGCCGUUAAGCAUGAGAUUCAGCUGUUCCAAGCCAUCUUGCAAAAAUCAUACUUGGAAAUGUCAAGAUUAUUCCAGUGUAAGAAGUACUGAGAUGAACAAUUGGACCUGCAGUUGAAGUGUCGUCUUCUGUAAAUCUAAACACUUGAUAAAUAAAUUUUUA